GUGAGUGUGUGUGUGUAUGUGUAUUUGUGUGUGAGUGUGUGUGUGUGUGUGUGUGUUUGUUCAUGACGAAGCAAACCUUUUGUAGUAACGAUAUUUUUAUGCAACUAAACGGUUAUAGAUUCAACGGAUAUUUUAGCCACCGCCAAUGACGUCACCUCCGUUAUGUUUACGUUUGCUAUAGCAACCGUAAGGUUACUUCCGGAAGUGAGACCGAGUUUCACAGUGUUUAAAAUAUCAGAAAGGAAAUAAAGUAAAAUAAACCGCUGUGAAAAAUAGAUUAAAAAAAUCAAUUUAAAAAUGAGUUCCUCGGAGAUGGAGGAGGGAACCAGUGCAGUUGGAGGACGUUUACUGGGAAACUGGGUGGAAGAGAGGGCGACUACUUCACUGGACAACACUGGACCACCAACUGACAUCCAUAAAAAUGGACACAAGGGCAUCAUCACAGUGGACUUCUCCUCUAAAUUGAAUGGUGUUAGUACACUGAAAUCUGCCUUCACCAGUCCUAAAAGCACACGGGUACGAAAGAAAGGAUUACGAGCAGAGCUACUACAGAAGCAACUCAUCAAAAGCAUAAGCGAGCAGGUGCUUGCAGAGCUCACACCGAGGCCUCCAGCCCCUGAACUGCACUCCGUAUCCAGUAGUGUUCACACAGCACAGGGCUUCCAGUGUGUCCGACCAACACCAUCCACGGGUCGUGACUACAGGACCGAUGAGGCCAUUACAUUUUGGAGGGAAAACUUUGACAAGAUUCAGGGCGUGACAGCAGUGAGAAACAGAGAUGCUCCUUUUAAGAAGAACGCCAGUUUCAGCACUCCGAUCCGUGAGCGCUUGGACCCCAAUCCCGAGGACUGUACUGAUAUAGAAGAAGCCUAAUUACGAAACAAAAUGAGAAAGUAAACAGCUGUUUUAUAAGCUCACUCUACUCUAAAUUGUUUGUUCCAGAAUAUAAAUAUGUAAAAUAAAAAUCUUUGAACAUUAUGUACAACAGGCCAGAGUUCUCGCAGAAGUCAAACCGCCUAAGAACAUCCUGUUCUUUCUGAUGGUUUCCAGUUAUCCCUAAUACUUUUCCAACAUCACUUAUCAUCUGGCAAAUAAACUCAAUAAGCUCCUUCCCUUUCGUCGAAUCUUUUAACUGAAACUUUGCAGGCUGUGCUCGAACACUGACAACAUUUAUUUAGGUUUGUAGCUAGACGCAAAGCAUCUGCCUUCCCACCCUACACAGGAACCCGCAUUAUAUUGAUGACACACCAAGUGUUUGCGCCGGCUUCCUUUUGAAUGCAGCGGCUUACUUCCAGCACAGAUGCACUAACCUUUCAUGCUUUCAGCAGGGUAGCUAUGGCAACAAGUCAUUUUUAGACCAUGUUCAUGCAUGCAGAUUCACCCCCUUGUUUUUUUGGGAAGUAUUUGUCAUCUGGUAGAACCUACAUGAAUCUUAAUUAUUAGAUGUUAAUUAUUGCUGGUUGUGUGUAGUUAAUGGAGAUUCACCCUGAAGCACAUUAAAGUUUUUACCGAAAUAUU